AUGUCUACCGCGGUCGUCAAGUCCACCACUGUCGUCUUUAACGGCCAAAAGCGCACCAAGAUCCUGACGCGUCAACAUCUCCGCAGAUACUCUUGGCUCCCAGAUGUCUUUCGUCUCAAAGGAAGCAUCAUCCCGCGCAUCCUUGGCCCAGUCUUAACGGUCACCAUCUUUUCCUCUGGCGCUGCCUACGCCUGGCACUCUGGGACAGACAUCUCUCUGAGCAACUCGAUUGUGCCGCUUCUAUCUGUGGUCGUUGGCUUGAUUCUGGUGUUCAGGAACGGAACCUCUUAUGAUCGGUACUACGAGGGACGUAAAGACUUCGGAACCAUGGUAGCUCACGCACGUAAUCUCUCCCGUCUCAUUUGGAUCAACGUUUGUGUAUCCCCACCCGACGAGGCCACACGCGACAAGUUUCCCAAUGCUACGCUGACCGCCAACCAGCUGCGCCGACGUAAGGUCGACGCGGUCAAGCUUUGCCUUAGCUUUGCGUAUGCGACCAAGCACUAUCUCCGUGGCGAGGACGGCCUUGACUGGGACGACUACGCCGGUAUUCUCCCCGCAGCGGCGCGUCGCCUGGCCGAGGGCAGGUACAUUCCUCCCGACAAGUACUCGAACCAGCCCAGCGGGAAGUCGACCGCGUACACGAGCUACAACGCCACCGCACAAGCCACACGUCGCGGCUCCCCGGACGGCGGUGACACCGGCUCGAGCACACCGCACCUGGAGGACUACGAGAUCGACGUCGAGCGUGGGCGCUCGACUGGUCCAGACGCGACGAAGCGGAUCAGGGUGAAGCGGAGCAAGGACCGCAAGCAGCGCGGCUACAAGUCGACGACCCCGCUCUUGAGCACCCUGAAUCAUACCCUCGACUUCGCUGCGGACCCGGACAGCCUUUCAACUCCUCUCCCCAUGGUGAUCGCGCACGAGUUGUCCCAUUCGCUGUUUAAGUUCCGUAGGGACGGUUACCUCGAGACUGUCGGUCCCGCAGGAGUUAACGCCAUGAAUCAACUCGUGCAAGGGAUGAUCGACAUGAUGACUUGCAUGGAGCGUGUCGCCAACACGCCCAUUCCGCGCUCCUACAGCAUCCACCUGAAGCAAUGCGUGACACUCUAUCUCUUCUCCCUACCCUUCACACUUGUUAAAGACCUCGGCUGGGGCAUGAUUCCGCUCGUGACCGUUGUCGCAUUCACGCUCAUGGGCAUCGAGGGCAUUGCGGAUGAGAUUGAGAUGCCGUUCGGUCUCGACACUUCGGACCUCCCCCUGGAACGCUACUGCGAAGACCUCAAGGAGGAAAUCGAGUUCAUGGUGGAGAAGUUACCGGAAGGUGGUGAAGGUAUUGCGGGUUACGAUGAUGGCGAGGGCGAUGACUGA